AUGCCAUUGUCUUACCCGACUCAUUUUGCACGUAAUGCUGGCCUUCAAACCCUCCCCGACUACUCAGACGAGCCUGAAGCCAUGAGUUUGGUUGCACCGAGUUCUUCACCACCAUUUGGAGUCCUCGAUAUCAAAGAGUUGCCCCCGGGGCUGUUUGGGAUGCUACCGGACUUCUCGGAUGAUGAUGAAGAAGAUCUCAAUUAUAUUCCAAGCCAUAAUCUCCCCACACAACGCCGCUCCGAGGAGGAGAAAGUCUUUGCAGUCCUGAAGUUCAUGUGGGAGAAUCUAUCUCGCUUCUCGCUCAUUUCAUUCCUUGUGGCGCUGUUGUCCUCGAGUUCUGGAGGGAUAAAGAACUACGUGAACACAUGGAAGGGGAAUGGUGGGAUCCCAGAACUGCUAGACCUGCUUUGGGCGAUGUCUGGGGUGCGAGAUGAAGACAUUUGCGACUGGAUCACGGAGAGGGCAGCCAAGAUUUGUGCAUGCAAGGCUGGCUGGCUCACAGACAGAGCAUCAGAUGGACCGCACCGAGCGUAUGCUGAAGGGCUGCACAUACCAGCGACGACAGUGUCUGUUGCAUGGUUGAAAUCAUUCCGUCUUGCGGACCUAACAGCCGUGUACGUGAAGACUAUGCCCCGGAGCCGAGAGAUCAUGAAGGCCAUUAUAAAUAAGGACACUACAGGGUGCACGUUGGCGAUGUUGAUGUUGCUCAAUCUGCGCAGCCAGAAGACCAACAUACACCAGGUCAUCAACAGCAUGAUCCUGUGGGAUAACCAUGCCCCAAAGUGCUUCAUUCAGCUGCUGAACCGGCUCGGUGUUGCAGCAUCAUAUGACCACCUCUGUACAUCCAUCCUCGCACUCUCCGCAAACUCGCUUUGCAUCACACGCAAGAUUGCAAACAACCCACUCAAUAUGGUCAUGUUGCCGUACGACAACUUCAAUUGGGUUUCCGGAGUCUGGGAGACCUCGGUCCUUCAUGGCGCUCUGCAGCAUGACCAGGUGUCUGCAAUGCUCAUUAACCUCACGAUCCCCGAUGGCAGCCCAACUGCACGUCAGCUCACAAGUGUGGAGCGCUUUGACGCUUCUCAUGGAGCUCAUCACCAAUUGCUGGCACAGAAGGCCUUGCAGGACAUCAUCCCGAGUGCAGCAGACCAUCGCACACUUCGUGAUGCAGCAGUCAGCCAUGUCAUGACAAUUCUCGCAGACAAAGUGGAAAGCUUUGCAGAAUUUCAUACGCUUGUUCCAACAUUUGUUGACCUGAACGCUAUCCCUGUGCGCAAAACUGAUCGCCACUACUUGCCAACGUUCGACCAAGAGCAAGGGCUGACACAUGGGAACAUGGCCGUUCUGAAACAUUACUUCCUUGACGUACUGGAGAUCCCCAAAGCCACCUUCAAGAACACCAUACUCUAUAUCAACUCGGUCAAGUCAUUCAACAGCAAGGCAAAGACUCCUGCGGCGUCCAAGACUGCAGCUGGAUCAUCGAAGGAUGCAGCGAACGCAGAGAGUGGACCGUCACGUCCGUCGCGAUCGAAGUCCGGCGCGAAGAAGGCCCAGGAGAGUUCGGGGGAGCAAACUUCCAGCAGCGAGCGUGAGGUCGAUGAACUUGGCAAUGAGUGCUACUAUAUCUAUCAUCCUCUGUACUACUACACAUCAGACGCACGGUUUUUCCUGAUGACGAAUCUCUGGGGCAGAUCAAACAGGGAUGCUAUAAGCCUACAGACACUCCGCGACUUGCUUCCAAACCGAGGCGAAGUCAAUAUUCACAAGUUCAACUUCUAUGCAUGGCUGCGUUUCCUCGACUGUGUCCUACAGGCAUUCGUGAUUUCCGCUGCAGUUUCCACCCUCAGACUCAAGGAUUCGAAGGAGCUCAGCUCACAGAAGCUCAACGGAGACAGGUUCCAUGGCCUAUGUGAGGCAGUUGUCAUCAUGUUGUCACCCAAUCGUCUCGAGGCCGAUGGACUCAAGACAGUCCAUGGGAACACAAUCGCAGGGCACGCUGUGUUAACAAUGUUUGACCUCAUGACUUUGCGCGAGAUGUGCCAUGCUAUCAAGCAUGGACAUCCUACCCGUAUCCUACGGAUCCUCAGGUUCUGGACACCGAUGUACUAUGCAGGGCGCAGCUAUAACUAUGCCCACGAAUGCAUGGAGCUGCUACACAACCUCCUACAUGAUUGGCCAGAUGAUACCGCCAAAGUACUCCUCGCUGGAAUGCUCGUCAAUACCACAGGCAAGCCUGAUGGCUUCCUCGAGGCCGAUCUCGACGUCAAACAUCUCAACUUACGGAUCAAGAGCCAUGCUCAUGGCACAAACACAACCCCCGAGAUGCUCUGCAAAGUCACUCCAUCACUUGGCCAUGUACGCGACUUGACAGAUCGCAUAUACCAAGAGACUGGUGUCCGCAAUGUAAAUGAGCAUCACGCGAAGGUCCAACAACACACUGAUGUACAGCUUCUUGUGAAUCACCUCUCGGCGUCACAUGCACUUUCAUUCCCUCUCAACCGCAUCUCUGAACAUGCCGUAACCAAUCUCUUCCAGUCCGGCCUUCAUCAGCUUGCAGGACCGCACGGUGGCCAUGCAAAGCACCUCCUGAGGCAUCAUCUUUGCCUCUGCACACAACAUGGAGACCAGAAAAGUGGAGAUACUCACGCUCCAGGUGUAUCCGCAGAGAUCCUGGACAUCAAAGAUGAGCUAGUCAAUGCUGAGGAUGAAUUAUGA